AUGGCCAAGUGGCCAUCGGACUACCUGAGCUGUGGCGGUCGGAGGCCCCCUCCGCAGCCGCCCCCCCCUCCGCAGCCGCCCACCCCGGACUACACCGAGAGCGACAUCCUGAGGGCCUACCCGGAGCAGAAGAGCCUGGACUUCAAGGAUCCCUAUGAGGACGCGGAGAGCCGCUUGGAGCUGGACCCCGCGGGCCCAGGGGACUCCAAGAACCCAAGAGAUGCUAAGUAUGGCUCUCCCAAGCACCGGCUCAUCAAGGUCGAGGCUGCGUAUAUGGCCAGAGCCAAGGCCCUUCUGCGCGGCCCCGGGGAGGAGCUGGAAGCUGACACAGAGUACUCAGACCCCUUUGAUGCCCAGCCUCAUCCUGCACCCCCAGAUGAUGGGUACAUGGAGCCCUAUGAUGCCCAGCGGGUUAUGAGUGAACUGCCUGGCAGAGGGGUGCAGCUCUAUGACACCCCUUAUGAGGAACAGGACCGAGAGACAGCAGAGGAGCCCCCUUCUGGGCAGAAGCCUCGGCAGAGCCGGAUGCCCCAGGAGGACGAACGGCCAGCAGAUGAGUAUGACCAGCCCUGGGAGUGGAAGAAAGACCACAUCUCCAGGGCGUUUGCAGUGCAGUUUGACAGUCCAGAGUGGGAAAGGACUCCAGGCCCAGCCAAGGAGCUCCGGAGACCCCCACCCAGAAGCCCCCAGCCUGCGGAGCGAGUGGACCCAGCCCUGCCCCUGGAGAAACAGCCGUGGUUCCACGGCCCCCUGAAUAGGGCGGAUGCGGAGAACCUCCUGUCCCUCUGCAAGGAAGGCAGCUACCUAGUCCGGCUCAGUGAGACCAGCCCCCAGGACUGCUCCUUGUCUCUCAGGAGCAGCCAGGGGUUCCUGCAUCUGAAGUUCUCACGGACCCGAGAGAACCAGGUGGUGCUGGGCCAACACAGCGGGCCCUUCCCCAGCGUGCCUGAGCUGGUCCUCCACUACAGUUCCCGCCCCCUGCCCGUGCAGGGAGCCGAACAUCUGGCUCUUCUGUACCCCGUGGUCACGCAGACCCCCUGACAGCGACCCUCGGCCCCCUUUUGAGUCCUCGGGCCCAGAAUUGUAUCCCAAAGCCCUCCCCUGGCCUAGAAAAUAAAUAAGUUAUUGUUUG